AUGGCCGAGCCAUCCGAGACGCCGAAAUCCCUAUCUCGUCGUGGCACCGCAUACGCUAGCCUGGGGCAAGAUUCUCGUCUACAGGAUUCAUAUGGAAGUCUCGAAGCAGGGAGCGGCGGAGCCACUCCCAGCCGAGGUGAGCACUCCACCCCAAAGGCUGCGGGAGCAAGGAUGCUCACGCGGCGACAGACCUUCACCGAAGGUGAGCAACAGUACCCAAGCAAGUUCUCGACUUGGACCAUCGAACAAGACGAGGACACCAUGACUGGCGCCUCCUUGGUCGUCAACUUGCUAGCAGACGUCUCUCCUGCUGGUGUUCUGCCUCUGGCCUAUGGCAUGUCAGGGACAGGCUACAUCCCCGCCGUCGUGUUGCUGAUGCUGUUUGCCUGUGGUGCUGGCUACUCCAUGUAUCUCAUCUCUAGGACGAUCGAGAUCUCAGGGGUGAAGAGCUACGAUCGGAUCUGGGAGCGCUGCAUUGGUGAAAGGAGAAUGAGCAUGAGCUCGAGCGACCAGCGAAAUCUUGACCCCGUCCCGCCGGAGCGGUGGUGCGUGACAAAGCACGACUUGGAAGACUUCCAGAGCGAAGUGAUGGUGGCACUCCGGCAGAAGAGGAUCACGCCGCCCCCAUCCGAUGGUGGCUUUGACAGUUAUGGUCCAAGCAUCUAUGCAGUUACGGAGCAGUACAUCAAGCCAACCACCCAGGGGAAAUAUUUCAGUUGGGCUCUGAAAAAGCAUCCGGAUGGCCUGGACUGUGACGUCUUCAUUAGCCAUGCUUGGCAAGAGGGCAUCUUCGAGUUCCUGGAGAAGGUACUGAACUCAUGGCCAAAACCUGCGCGGAAUGCUUGGUGUUGCAUGCUGGCAAAUCCCCAGAAUUUGAACAUCGCGGUGUUGCUGCGAUCACCAAGACAAUCACCCUUUGCCUGUGCAUUGGAGCAGGCUACGUACGUGCUUGCGGUGCCCAACCGCAAAAGCAGUAUUUACACGCGGCUUUGGUGUGCAUACGAAGCCCAUCUUGCAUCAGAGCAGGGCAAGGUCGUUCUUAUUGCAAGAAGGCCCAUUGGACAUGACUUUUUGCAAGCUGUGCCAAUGCUCAUGGUGGCGACUGCAUUUGGUGCAGUCCUCGGAAUCGUCAUCCGAAAUUUUACAGAGGCUCGCGAUCGCAUGGGUGCAAACCUGGCCACAAUUAUUCUCCUUGUGGCCGUUCUGUUGCUGGGUACCCUUGUCCACGGCCCGCAGAAGCGCCGUGCUAUGAAUCUCUGUGGAGUUGCUUGCUCCGCGUGCUUGUUCUUCUCCUGGCUAACACGUCACUUUUGGCUUCCUUUGCCAACAGGAUCUGAGAUUGUGCCUAAGAUCCUGCAACAUUGGACUAUAGCCAUUGCACUUUGCGCCUUCUGGAUGGCCGAGGUGGACCGGAUAUGCAGCGAAUCGCUCGAAGAGGAAGCGGUGCAGUUGAACCGUGGGCUGGAGGACCAAGCGUCUGUCGAGUUUGCAACGUGCACCCAGGAAUCUGAUGCUGUCCAGAUUCGGGCGGAAAUAGGCGAUUCUUUCUACCAGGUGGAUCACUCUAUCAGCGUGCUUCUCUCUGCCGGAAUGUCCACGCCGACGCUGCGGUCCAUCGCGGAUGCAGGCGUCAACAUUGAUGGCGCUGGUCACUACGAGAUCACAGUGCCCUUCGUGUGCUUGGUACCCAUGAUCGUGGUAAAUAUUGGGCGCGUCUACCUGGCGGCUUUGUAUCUGCAAGAUGAGCUGCACUAUCAAGCCAUCCUGUCCAUGAGGACAAUACUAUGUUUGGCCAAAGCGUGCCUUGUGGUAUUGAUCUGGAGAAGUUGCCAUGAGGAACGGGCUUUCAUCUUCAAGAUGAUUACCAAGCUGACAGCCAUCAUGUUUGUCUUAACUUCAUGCGAACGGCUUUACAGCCACCUGCAUCCUUCAUACGAUCCAGUUUUCCAUGUUGCAAUUGGCCACAUGACCUUGGUCGUCAUGCUGGGUUGCGCCUUGCUUGGGAUGAAGGGCAUCGCGUGCCUUCCGGGUGGUCGCUACGUUCUGCAGUUCUUCCUGUGCAGAGGCUGUCCGCGACUACCUUCUGACAGGUGGAAAUCGAGGAAGCUGCCGGCAAGGCCGUGCUGUGCCGCCUCGUCCCCGUCGGAGUCAGAGUCGAGCCCAGUGAGCACUCGAAGCAAUUCGAGCUAA